AUGAAUAAGUAAUUUUCUGCUUAAAAUAAUCAAGAACUCUAAUAAUAGCAAUAAUUAACAACAAAUUAGCCACAUAUUCCUUAAGAAAAUAAUAUCAAAUAUUGCCCUGUCUUCUUUAUAUAACCAAAUACGUAAUAUAAAAGAAAAUAAAAUUAGUUUCCUUAUGCCAAACAUUUAAUAGUAACAUACAAAUGAUUAUUAUAAAUCUUAGUUUGUUUAUCAUCCAAUUAUGCCAGAUGACCCAUUUUUUUCUUAUCUAUCACAUAUUUCUAAUAAAGUACAAAAACCAUCAUAAUAUUAUUCUCAAAUCCCUAUCAAAAUUGAAAAUGAUCAAGAAAUAGAACAACCAUAAAUCUAAAAUUAAACUAGUUAAAUUAGCUUAAACAAAAUAUUACAAUAAUAACAACCAAAAAAAUAGAUAAAAAUAAAAAAAGAAAACAAUUUCUAAAAAGCUACAGAUAUAUAACCAUGUAAUUGUUCUUAAAGUAGUUGUCUUAAAAGAUAUUGUUCAUGUUUUCAUAGUGGUAGAAUGUGCUUGGAUGAAUGUUAAUGUAAGAAUUGCAAAAAUUGUGAAUUAUUUUCAAAAGACAGAAAAGCAGCAAUUAAUCAUAUUUUUUAAAAAUGUCAUAGAGAUAAAAAUGUUCCUGCAAAUGAAUUAUUAUCUUUAUAAAUUAGUUAUGGAUGUAAAUGUAAAUCUACUGGGUGUUAAAAAAAAUAUUGUGAAUGUUACAAAAGAGGACAAGUCUGUGGAGAUUAAUGUUCUUGUGAAGAUUGUCUAAAUAUUCCAUUUCAAAUAACUUAUUAAGAUAAAUAGAGAAAGAAAAUCAAUAUCUAAAAAUGA